AUGCAAAUCUUAGAUAAGCCUGAUGAGGCGGCCAAAUCGGAACAUGAAGGCAAAAAAAACCCUCAACAAAGUGCAUUGAUUCAACUGUCUGAAAAGCCUUCACGUGAACAGCUGAAUAACACAUUUAGAAAAAAGGUCCCUGAUGGAACAGAAGCAGCAAAUGUUCUUGUUGGUGAGGUGGACUUUUUGGAUCAGCCGUUUGCAGCCUUUAUCAGGUUAAGGGAAGCAGCUGUGCUUGGCUCUUUGACAGAAGUUGCUCUUACCAGCAGAUUUAUUUUUAUUCUCCUGGGGCCAAGAAACCAGACAAAGAUCUAUCAUGAGAUUGGGAGAGCCAUUGCCACUUUACUCACUGACGAGUUGUUCCGGAAAGUUGCAUACAAAGCUAUGAACAAAGAUGAACUGAAGGCAGGAAUAGACGAUUUUUUAGAUGAAGUUGCUGUUUUACCACCUGGCAAAUGGGAUCCUACUGUGCGCAUCCAGCCGCCCAAAUUUCUGCCAUCGGCCCAAAGAAGAAGGUUAAUGUUACAACGAGAAUCAAAAAGUCACUGCAAUACAAAAGCACACGAAGCACAUGAAGAGGAGAGAUUAGCACAUGGACAUCCUCACGUUAGCGAAGAACUACUAAAAACAAAAAAGUGUUUUGGUGGACUCGUGAAGGAUGUGAGAAGAAAGGCACCAUGGUAUUGGAGUGAUUUUUAUGACGCCCUCAAUAUACAAUGUUUCUCAGCAAUUUUGUACAUCUACAUGGCAACUGCAACAAAUGCUAUCACUUUUGGCGGUAUGCUGGGAGAUGCUACUGACAAUAUGAUGGGAGUUCUUGAAAACUUUAUUGGCACUGGAAUUUGCGGUGGAUUAUUUUGUCUAUUUUCUGGACAGCCACUUACUAUACUAAGCAGUACAGGACCAGUCCUGGUCUUUGAGAAACUUUUGUAUACUUUUAGCAAAGACUACGGUUUAGAAUAUUUGGAAUUUCGACUUUGGGUUGGACUUUGGAUAGUAUUUUUUUGUCUAAUUUUGGUGGCCACUAAUGCUGCUUACUUGGUGCAGUAUUUUACUCGUUUCACAGAAGAGAGCUUUUGUGCACUAAUAAGCUGUAUUUUUAUUUAUGAUGCUUUAAAGAAGAUGCUAAAUCUGGCUGAUCAAUUCCCAGUUAAUUGGAGAUACAGCAUAAAUAAUGUAACACUGUACAACUGUAAAUGCGUUUUGCUUGGCAACGGGAAUGAGUCUUCAAGCAAUUUAUCAUCCUAUGAUUCUUAUUAUCAUCUGAAUCCACAAGAGUAUUUCAAUUGGACACAAAAUCAGUGCAUGGAACUGGGGGGACAUCUACAGGGAAACGACUGCAACUAUGUGCCUGAUAUUUUCCUUAUGUCCGUAAUACUCUUUUUCGGUACAUUUGUCUCUACAAUGUUGCUAAAAGGCUUCCAGACCAGCAGAUAUUUAUCUGCAUCAAUAAGAAGGUUGACUGGUGAUUUUUCAGUGAUAAUGACAAUCAUUGUUUUCUGUGCUUUGGAUGUGAUCUGUGGACUUCAAACUCCCAAACUCAUAGUUCCAAAUGAAUUCAAGCCAACAAACCCGAACAGAGGUUGGUUUGUGUUUCCGUUUGGAGGAAAUCCAUGGUGGGUGUGUCUGCUUUCUGCUGUUCCAGCACUUUUGAUUACAAUCCUUUUAUUCAUGGACCAACAAAUAACUGCUGUCAUUCUUAACCGCAAAGAGUACAAGUUGAAGAAAGGUGCAGGACUUCAUUUGGAUUUUUUCUGCAUAACAUUAUUAAUCAUUGUGAUGUCAUUUAUGGGUCUACCUUGGUAUGUCUCUGCCACAGUCAUUUCACUUGCACAUAUGAACAGCCUAAAAAUGGAAACUACUGUGUCUGCUCCAGGAGAACAGCCAAAAUUUUUGGGCAUCAGGGAGCAAAGAGUAACUGGCCUAGCAGUUUUCAUCCUGACUGGAGCGUCUGUGUUUCUAUCACCAGUUCUUAAGUAUAUUCCCAUGCCUGUGUUAUAUGGAAUCUUUCUUCAAAUGGGAGUGGCUGCUUUAGGAAGCAUUCAGUUCUUGGAACGGCUGAAGUUACUCUUCAUUCCGCCUAAGCACCAGCCUGACCUAAUAUAUCUGCGCCAUGUUCCAUUGCGGAAAGUCCAUCUAUUUACCCUAAUACAAAUAAUUUGUUUGAUCAUUUUAUGGAUAUUGAAAUCAACAGUGGCUGCAAUUAUCUUCCCUUUGAUGCUCUUGGCCCUUGUUGGUAUACGGAAGGCAAUGGAGUGUGUUUUUUCUCUUCAUGAUCUAAGAUGGCUGGAUGAUAUUUUACAGAAAGCGGUCAGUGAGGAAGAGCCAAAGAUGGAAGAAAUAGAUUCCAGUGACAGUGAAGAUUCUGAACUAAAGUAUCAAGAAAAAGUACCAGAAAUCAACAUUUCAGUUAAUUAGAGCCAGCAAAUGAGCUUUCAUUUGGGAAAGCAAAUGUGUGAUCAAGAAAACUAUGCUAUAACCUAACUGAGACAACCACCAAGACUACUUGGCUGAUACAAUGUUUGAAAAGUAUUGAUGUUUUUCUUCCAUACAUUUUUAUGUUUUAAAAUAAAGUAACAAUUAAUGAUAGAAAACGUUAAAUGUAUUAUCUUAGAUGUAUUUUUAUAUCCAUGUAAC